AUGUGGCUUGGUCUCCUCUUUUCUAUGAUAUGUCUCGCAGUGCUGGCUUCUAGCGCGGCAGACUCCAGCUCAUCUCCGGGAUUCCGAAAUCCGUUGGUGGAUACAUACCGCGAAAAAAUAGUACAGUGCCUCAUUCUAGGCGAGUACACCAAAUCCGGGCGUUACGUGUUUGAAACCCUAUACCACUACUUGACCAUCGAGUAUUCCAUCCGCAAGGAUGCUGACCAGGACAUCUGGAUCCUUUCGGGAAUCUCAGUCAAUGUAGCUCUGCGCAUGGGCUACCACCGGGAUCCGUCGCACUUACCAGGGAUAUCCCCAUUUGCGGGAGAGAUGAGACGGCGGGCCUGGGCCACCAUUCUACAGGGAGAUAUCCUGAUAUCCACCCAAAUGGGCAUGCCACGUAUGAUCAAGGAUUGGCAAUGUGAUACAGUAGAGCCCCGUAAUCUGAAUGACUCGGACUUCGACGAGGAUUGCUCCGAGCUUCCUCUGUCGAGACCGGAGACGGAGAUCACCACGGUUUCGCACCUGGUAGCUCGGCGACGUAUCUUUGGCGCCUUGGGCGUGAUCGUUGAUUUCACCGCGUCGGUGCGACCGGUGACCUACGACGAGGUAAUGCGACUAGACCGGAUUCUGAAUGAUGCAGAGGCCACGGUCCCUGCCUAUCUCCGCAUGAAGGCCAUGGCUGGGGCGGUGACCGAUCCCCCGCAGGUGAUUAUGCAUCGGCUUUUCCUCAGACUGAUGUUUCACAAGGGUCAGAUUAUGCUACACUGCAAGUACUUAAACCCGGACCCGGCCACAUUUUCCGAUGGCCACACAUCAUACUCCUACUCGCGUAGUUCUUGCAUAAAGGCUGCCUUGGGUAUUUUGGAGAUCCAGCAAAUAUGCGACGAGGAAACCAGCCCAGAUGGCCAGCUUUAUACGAUCCGAUGGCGGGCUUCCUCCUUCAUGAAGCAUGAGUUUCUGACAGCCACGAUGUUGCUGUGCUUUCUCGCGCGACAGCCAGAUGCUCUGGCGGAUGGUCAUGACUUGGGCCAAAUCAUAGCAGCGCUAACAAGAGCGCAUGGUAUCUGGAUGAGGUCAAGGAAUUCAUCAGCGGAGGCAAAAACAGCGGCAGAUACUCUCAGCAUUGUUCUUGCUCAACAAUCGGGUGGUUUUAAUAUGGGCGCAGAGGGUCAGGCUAUGAACAAUGAUGUUGUCCUAAAUUCAGGUUAG